AUGGCAGCUAAUCGAUUGCGCGAAGCGAUGAAGAACCUGGGCCAGCAAAUGGGCAACAUGGGUGGUGGCGGCGGUGGAGGCGGAAAACGAGGUGGUGGAGGCGGAGCUCAAGCAGCGGCUGCCGCUGCGGCUCGAAGUGUGGGAGCCAUUGCCGUCGCUACUGGUCUGGGAUACGGAGCCUACAAUUCCAUCUACACAGUCCAAGGAGGUCACCGUGCCGUGGUGUUUAAUCGUAUUGUGGGAAUGAAAGAUACCGUCUAUGGCGAAGGUCUCAAUUUCAACAUUCCCUGGUUCGAGAGGCCCAUCAUCUACGACAUCCGAACGCGACCCGUCAACCUGCAGACUCUGACGGGAAUUGGUCUGGAUCUACCGAUAUUUGGACUCAAAUACGAUGAGAGGAUCUUGCCCAGUGUCAUGAAUGAGUGUGCCAAAGCCGUCGUGGCACGCUACAAUGCCAAUGAGUUGCUCACCAAGCGUGACCUGGUGUCUCGAGAGAUCUCGGUCGAGUUGAGAAAGCGAGCUGGAUUUUUCAACGUUUUGCUGGAGGAUGUGGCCAUUACCCAUCUCAGUUUCAGCCCAGAAUACGCUAGGGCUGUCGAAGCCAAGCAAGUUGCCCAACAGGAUGCUGAACGUGCCAAGUACGUUGUCAUUGGAGCUCAGCAAGAAAAGAAAACCAUCAUCACCAAAGCCAAGGGAGAAGCCGAGUCUGCUUCUCUCAUUGGUAAUGCUGUAAAGCGAAACCCUGGUUUCAUGAAAUUGCGUCGCAUUGAUGCCGCUAGAGACAUUGCUGAUAUUGUGGCUGGAAGUGGAAACAAGGUGUACUUGAAUGCCGAUUCUCUACUCUUGAACCUCCUUGGAGAUGCUGACGACAAAUUUGAAAGGUCGGUCCAGAGCAAAAGGCGCCUCUGGUAGAUGAUUGAGUGAGCAGUCCGCCACAGGAACUGACCUAUGUCAGGAUGUUGAUAAUACUGGUAGUAAUAAAAGCAUUGAAUGCAUGCUUUGCCUUUUGGAUAAGAAAUUAAAUUCUUCACUGUUGAUACAUUCAUCGAUUUCACCUCGCUUUCCA